AAAUGUUGAGAGGCUACAACUCGAAAGUUGAAGUUUAGCUGAUUGCCAUAUUGGGCUAGCGUGCCGUUUGGAGCGCGGUUUGGUCUAAAUUCUGCCGCCAUUGACAUCCAACGCGACCGCAAAACAUCAACUCACGCCUUCACGCACUCCACUUCCCAUCUUCUCGCCCUUUCUCGACGCAAUUGUCCCCUCGCUACAUGGAGGCGCAAUGGACACAGGCGAGACACAGUAUCUCUUCAAAGAGACCCGUCUAAACCUCGAGCCUCCCUCCGCCGCAUCUGUUGUCAGCGUCUGCGUCCCUGCGAACCACAAGCCCACGAGGGCCACGACCGAAGACGAGUCGACUUUUCGAGCCAGGAACCUUGCGAGUGCCUCGUCAAUCUAUCACAGAAAACAUCAUGACUCGCCACGCAGCUUCUUGUGGCGCAUCCUAGAUGACGGAACCACGCUGAGCAUUCGGGUUGUUGAUGUUGCGCGGCGGGACAAGAAUACGCCCGAUGCGCCACUGGUCCUGAACUUCAAUUUCGCGACGCCGAUUCUACCGAACUGUGUGGUGCUUGCCGAUCCGAAAGAGCACGAUGCGCUUUGUAUCUUUGUCAUUGAUGAGGCGCGGGUGUUGUGGACUCUGACGUUGAGGCCUGACACUUUGCGGCGGCGGACGGCUGUUGACGCUGCGUUGGGGGAUGUCGCGAAGCGCCAGGCACCUACAGGGCUGUCGACCAAGUACCCUCAUCGCAUGGUGGCCGUCAAUUCGAAUAUGCUACUAGUCACAGUGAAUGAUGGAGGCAUGAUCCGCUUUGACCGGUCUAUAUCUGAUUCUGCUGCUGGGCCCUUGUGGAGGGAGUCGUUCUUCAACGUACAGGGCUGGAAACAGAAUCUGAGGAGUCUUCUCCCGUUCCAAGGCAAGCACACCAUUCGACACGGCAAGGUCAACAUGGAGUACAGCGCAGCAACCGCUCUGAAAGUCACAUCGCUGGGUGUCGAAGACUGUCUAUACGCAGUGACUGUUUGUCUCGACCAUCGACUGCGCAUCUGGAACGUCGGCGACGGCCAGAUUCUGCAUACCGGCGACAUCCUCGAUGUAGACCGCGAGCCUCAGGAUGUGGGAAAAUUCGUCAUUGACCCUGCGCAAUCCAACCUCGUUCAAAUCGUUGGCCGCACCCGGGGCCAGAGGAUAUGCGCCACCUACUCACCCAUCGGGGCAGGAGAGUUCAAGUUCUGGAAGAUUGUUGCAAAGGGAACCCACAGCGUGGACAUCGUCGACCUUUUCCCCGACGCCAGCCUUGUGCCUGUCCUGCCGUCCUCGGACGUGUGGACGCUGGCUGACUUCGUCUUGUCCUCGCCUGCCGAGGGCAUCAUGAACUUGUGGACGCUCUGGAAGAACAACAUGACGUACAAGGUGCAGCGACUGCCACUCGAUAGGAAAAACAUGGCACGUUCGUGGGAGGAGAGCUGGGAAGGGGUGUUUCUGGACACAAGCGCGUGGCCACCGGCUUCGUCUGGGCCGAAUGAUCCAACUGAUGUCACCGAAAAGUGGUUGAGUACCAUCCUCCAGCCAGGAGCAUUCACCAAGGCGACCCUCAACACCGCUCUGGCAAUCUACGAGCACGGUCUGGGAACGUCAAAGGAGAACAUCAAAGGCAGGGGCAUUGCAGAGGCCAUUUGCACAGUUCUAGGCUCGACAGCGUCUUUGGAAAGGGGCCCUUCAGGAUCCAUUGACUACGAGCAAUUCCGAUCGUCCAACGAAACACAAUGGCGGCGGUUCUACAGACUCCUGGUGGAGCUCGACAGACAACGAGGCGAGGCCAUCAGCUUGUCUGUCGAUCACGAACUGGACACGGCUUGGGUGGUGUGUGCCGAUCUUGUCUCAGUGGUCCACGAUUGCAGUGCAUUGGAGAGGUUGUAUUACAAUGCCGGGACACCUGAGGAGGGGCAGGAAGACCUGACAGCACUCAUCAACGCAGGGCUGUCAUUUGUUGACGGCUUUUCUGACAACUUUGUCCAGCUGUCAGAGGCUGCCUUGCGCUCAGAGCUCUUUGAGGAAUCGUCCAGAACUGACUUGGAAAGGAUUCAGUAUUUCUCAGACAAGUCAGGGUUCUGGCGAGGCGUCACCGACGAUGACUGUGCCCAGGUUGUGGAUGCGCUGGGAGACAAUUUCAAGAUCGUCACCGAGGAGCUGUGUGGGGAAGUUUUGGACUUGAUCAGAACGCCCAGUGACUCACACAAGCGAGCCCAAGUGCCCUUGAGCGAGUUUGGACACAAGUUGGCGCUCAAAGGCGUAGAGUACAGCGUUGAGCUGUACUGGAGGGUCUGCUUCAGCCAACUGAUUCUGCUUGUCCACAUGGAGUUCGAGUUCGACAACGAGGAGGAUGCACUGCAUAACCGCAUAGCCGUCGGGCAGUUCUACCGACGUCUGUUGAUUGCCCUCAGGCGCCUGGAGCUUCUUAGGUGGCUUGGACGCACCGAUCUAAGCGUGCCCGAGAUCAAGGACAAGGGCAUGUCCGGUGCGUCGUCAAAGAGGAGCGCAGAGGAGCCUCCUGUCGUGACGGCCUUGGAAGCGAACGUAGGCCAGCUCUUCGACUUUCGCUUGGUGAAGAAGGGGUCACUCGCCGCCAAUCUGACCGACCUAGUGGCGGAUAUGUGUGCCAUUGAUAGCGAGAUCGACAUCCCCCCGACACUCAUCCAGUGCAACUUCUUGCGCCACCAAAGGGCGGAUUUGGCUCUGGAGACGGCACCCUUCUGCGACUACGAACCUUUCUCCGUGUAUGUGCAGGGACGCGUGUUCUUUGCCCUGCAGGACUUCAACGCCGCAGCCACGCAAUUCAGGAAAGCAGCUAUUGGGCUGAGUUCUACCAAGCACAAACUCUCCCGCCAAAGCGUCGGGCUAUUGAACGAGACGGACUGGAAACUUUUCAACAACGGACCGGGCAAAUACUAUUCACACGUUGUUGCCCUGUACGAGCAGCAGAGGGCUUACUCCUACGUCGUGGACUUUGCCCGCCUAGCUGUCCAAUUUCUCGGCAAAGAAUCCGAGAACGAUUUGACAAGGACAGACAUGCUGAGCCGCUUGUUCAACGCCGCGGUGGCCACUUCGCAAUUCCAGCUCGCGCAUACGACUCUGCUCUCGCUGCAGGAUGGUGCUAUGAGAUAUUCCAACCUACGAAAGCUUGUCGACCGUAUGUGCCAAACAGGCCACAGCAAUGAGCUUGUGGCACUUUCAUUCCCCGCCAUGCAGCAGGAUGUCGAUGAUAUCCUCACGCAGCGGUGCCAGACCUCGUUCGACGUCUUAGACGGGUUCCCCUACCACCAAGUACUCUACUCGUGGCGGAUACGACACGGAAACUUCCGUGGUGCUGCGUCUGUGUUGUUGGACCGCAUACAGAAGCUCAAGAUUGCCGGAGAGGGCGACAAGAUCACUGGGGACGACGUGCUCGACACACCUGUCACAAAGCAGUACCUGCUCUUGAUCAACGCUCUGAGCUGUGUCGAGGCAAAGGAAGCCUGGGUGUACGACGAGGGGGUAUCGGAAGGCACUGCUGCGGGUCUGCCCGCCAAGAGGACGGUGGUGUCCCUGGCCGACAUUCGCAAGCAAUAUCAGGACGAGCUGGACCGGAUCGCCUCCAUCCAGAACAACCAAUUUGAAUUUGCAGAGGACGACGUGAUGGAGCUCUCAUGAAUGGAGAGUGCUGUAACGCAUAGAGCAUCGGAUGUAUGGGAUUGUCAUAUUGUAGCUUAGGCGGGUUUAGAUACCUUUCGGAAUGGACAACAGGUCACACACAAAU